AUGACAAGAAACUCGUUCGACGGGUACUCAGAGUCCAUCCGCCUAGCCCACGUCCUCUCUCGUCUCCAGGCGCAUCUGCUCUCCCCGUCCGCAGACUUCAAACUCCUCCGCCGCUCCAAACACCACCGAGCCCGCGUUGCUGCUAAUGUAAACUAUGGUCGAGACCUACUACUUCAGCUCGAGCGCUCCCUGCCGAACAUACCGUCCCCAACGAGAAGAUAUGCGCUGCAAACGGAGCUGGUGGCGCAGCGCCAGUUGCUCAAAGCCUUGCAGCUGAGAAUCGACGAGCUGGCGAUGGAAGGGGAGAUGAGAGAUGAAGAUGAAUCGUCGUCAGAGGAUGAGGAUAUCCUGCCGACGCCGGCAGGGAGUACGCCAGAGCGCGCCCCGUCACGAGAGGGCACGUCGACCACGAGGGACGAGAAGAGAGAGCCGCAGGGCCAGCUGCCCAGCGAGGCUCCUGCAGGCGAAAUCUCCAAGUCGGACGUGCAGCCGGCCAGCCUCUCCAGCUCGGCGCCAGCAACUAGCACCCUCCGCAGCAGACACCACACUGCAUCGGCAGCACACACAUCCCGCUCCACCGCCAUCCCAUCGACAUCUCCCUCCCACCGACCGUCGAUAACGCCGAUCCACAACCAGACUGCUGCCACAUCUUCUCCAUCCUCGGCUACCCAGCCCUCCUCGAGCACCCACGCUGCCGAAGCCGCCCUUACCACCUCCCGCCUCGAGCAAGACUCUCUCACCGAAUCCCUCCUUUCCCUCGCCACGCAGCUCAAGUCCUCUACUCAUACCUUCCACACACAUCUCGAGUCGGAAAAAUCCAUUCUCUCACGUGCCACUGAGGGGUUAGACCGGAAUACCACGGGCCUGGAGGCGGCGGGGAAGAGGAUGGGAAUGCUGAGGAGGAUGACGGAAGGGAAAGGGUGGUGGGGACGGGUUCUGAUGUAUCUGUGGAUUGUAGGUCUGUGGAUCGUUGCCGUGCUGAUUGUUUUUGUGGGGCCGAAAUUGCGGUUUUAA